AUGGUUGUGGUGAAGAACUCCUUCGGCCCUGUCGACUAUGUUGUCUUUGCCGCCAUGUUGAUCAUAUCAAUGGCUAUAGGAGUUUGGUUCGCUCUCAGGGGAGGCAAACAGAAAACACAAGUUGAAUAUCUGAUGGGAAACAGAAGCCUCUCCAUACUCCCUGUUGCUAUUUCGAUCUUGGCCUCAUUCAUGUCAGCCAUCUUGAUUCUCGGAACUCCUGCAGAAAUGUAUACACAGGGGACAGAAUUUUAUCUGGCAACUUUUGGUGUCAUGCUUGGUGUGGUGUUAGCUGCCCUUCUCUUUGUGCCUCUCUUGUAUCCACUACAUCUGACCAGUGCUUUUGAGUAUUUGGAGGUCAGAUUUGAGUCAAGAGUUGUCCGCCUUGUGGGGACGAUGCUGAUGAUUCUCUCACAGGUGAUCUACAUGGGCAUCGUUUCAUUUGCUCCCUCUACAGCUUUAGAAGCAGUAACGGGCUUUCCAAUGUGGGGAACAAUUUUAAGUAUUGGAGCUGUUGGUACGCUCUAUACUACAAUUGGAGGUAUGAAAGCGGUAAUCUGGACAGAUGUCUUCCAAUCUGUGAUAAUGCUGGCUGGUAUUUUGGCCAUUGUCAUUCAGGGUACUCUAAAAGUUGGUGGUAUGUCACGUGUGUGGGAGAUCAAUGAGGCGUGGGACAGGAUCAAAUUCUUCAACUUUGACCCCAGCCCUGUGACACGUCACACAGUCUGGAACUUGGUGAUUGGGACAGCUUUAAACUGGAUGGGAACGUACGGGGUCAACCAGGCCAGUGUCCAGCGAUAUUUAAGUCUACCGACGUUACGUAAAGCCAUGACGUCAGUGUUGCUCAACAUCCUGGGUGUGUUCAUUUUGUUGACCUUGACCUGUGUCUCUGGUGUUGUCAUCUUCGCUUAUUACGCCAAUCAAAACUGUAAUCCUCUGGGUCAGAAGCUGGUCAAGAGCUCCAAUCAGGUUAUUCCCUACUUUGUGAUGGAGACUUUGGGAUACCCCGGAGUUCCUGGACUAUUUAUAGCUUGUUUGUUCUCUGGAGUUUUAAUCUCCGUGUCGUCUUCACUGAAUGCACUAGGAGCCAUCACUUGGGAAGAUGUGCUGAAGCCCAGAUACGAUCACAGGUUGACGGAGUAUCAGAAGACUUUAGUCACCAAAGCUACAGUGGCCAUCUACGGAUGUUUGGACAUUGGCGUCAGUUUUUUGGCUCAAACUAUAGACGGGACUGUUCUACAGGCCUAUGUGUCUCUGGGUGAUUCUGUGGCUGGGCCCCUGUACGGGAUGUUUGUGUUGGCAGCAUUUUUCCCCUGGGCCAACAGUUACGGCGCCAUAUCAGGAGCUCUAGUUGCUGUAGCACUGAGUAUGUGGGUGUCCAUUGGUUUCUAUGGAAUUCAGAUGUUGUAUGGAUUAUCUUAUGCCUGGUUCUCUACACUGGGCAUGGUGACUGUGAUAGUGGUAGGACUGAUCGUGAGUUUUAUUACAGGAGCCAAUUCAACAAAUGACGUCCCAACCAAAUAUCAGAUCCCUGUCUUCACACGUCUGUGUUGUUGUUUGCCCAACUCCUGGCUUCAUUUUCUCAAUUGUUAUAGACCCUUCCAGAGACCUCAGGCAUAA